AUGUCUGGAUGGAGGGUUUUCGGUGUGUUGUUAUGCCUCUCGGUCACCUGUGGAGGAGCGCCGCCCAAUUUGAUGGACAUCGAUAUUUGGGGCGACUCGCCGAGCAAUAGUGUUCAGAGUGAGGCGAACGCGAGAAUCUCGAGCAAUGCGACAAAGUCAGCCAGUCGCUCGUCGAAAGUGUUGGGCUUCUUUGCUGCUCCGGUGAGCGAAGAGUGCCUCUCGAGUGACGGUCGACGGUCUGGAAUCUGCCUCAAUGUCUACGAAUGCCGCCUGCAAGGUGGGACGUCCAACGGCGAUUGUGCCCUGGGCUUCGGUGUCUGCUGCGUCUUUAUCGCCACUUGCGAUCAGGAAGUCUCCAACAAUAUCACCUACAUAGUUUCGCCGAGUUUCCCGGGCGUUAUGUCGCGCGACGUGAAGAGUUGCAGACUCAAGAUAAAGAUGAUUGACGAGGACAUCAGUCAGCUCAGAUUUGACUUCAUCCACUUUCAGCUGGGGCAGCCUAAUCGCUGGACGGGCAUCUGCGAGGGCGAUCUCUUCAGUGUCAUAUCGGGCGUCUCGGCGCACACUGACUUCAAGAUCUGCGGUCAGAACAGUGGACAGCACAUCUACUACGAUCUUGAGUCACUCGCGAGACCGCCAGGACGCCAAAUGUCGGAGACAGACGUGGUGUCCCGGACGGUUGAAGUCCUCAUGAACUUCACCGAGUCUGCAUUCCUGCCGCGCCUCUGGGAGAUCCGCGUGGCUCAAAUUCCCUUCAGCCAGAGAGCGCCAGCGGGAUGUCUGCAAUACUUCACAGGCAGCGAGGGUCUCAUCCAGACCUUCAACUAUGCCGAGAACGGGAGACAUCUGGCAAAUCAGAACUAUCGCGCAUGCAUUCGACAGGAGACUGGGAUGUGCUCCAUUGCUUACGAGCCGUGCAAUCCCUUCUCCUUCCGCAUAGGGCAGCGACAGCAGAUGUACGGGUAUGGAGGGUAUCCCGGGUAUGGCUAUCCCGGUGCUGGAGCAGGAGCAGGAGGAGUUCCCGGAGCAUUUGGGGGUGGAGGAGCUGGCGCUGGGUCGGCUGGAGUCCCAGCGGGCACAGUGAACAGCGCUCCACCAGGCAGUGGAGGUCCCUUAUCGGAUUCAGUGGUGACAGAUGGUGCGACAAAUGCGGGAGCGUCAGAUUCUGCGGCCGAGGGAGCAGGAGAUGGCCUUCCGGAUGCUGAUCCCGCAGCGCCACCGGAAGCCGUGGCUGAUGAUGUGUCUGAUGGCGGGGCAAAUGACGAAGUGGAUAAUGUGGCUGAUGAUGCGGCUGACGAGGCGGAAGGAUCCGGAGGUGGAGGCUUUUUCAGCACCCUCACAUCUUUCUUCUCCUUCAGAAAUUGGAGGAGCAUUGGGGACCGCGAGGGACGCCAAUUCUUCCCGUUCUGCUCGGAUCGAAUGACGCUGCCGUGCAUUGUGGAGGACUUCAUUGGGGCCAGCGACGUCUCCAUGUGCCGACCAGUGCACUGUGGCAGCAGCCUGUGUCCGCCGGGACAGACGCCCUGUCGCAUCGAGACGUCAGUAACACCGUUCGGGAUUGGGUUUCACUUUGGUGACGGCAACAACAAGGGGAGUCCGGAGGAGAACAUUGGCGCCUGCCUCAGAUGGACACAAAUGCCAUGCUUGUGAGUUGACGAGCGAUAAAUC